AUUUUAAAUGUGGCUCUAAGUGCGGCUUUACUUCCGGGCUAUUAUGAGAUCCUUCUCUGUAUGUUCCUAGACGGUGGUCAGCUGAUUUAGAGGAGUGGGAGCAGCAGAAUUAGCUGGUGUGUGACCCAUUAAUAUCUCGGAGAAAAAAAGGGACGUGAACCUAGGUGUGUGACAGAAGACUCCGGUAAGAUUAUAAUUACAUUGAAGAUAAGUCUCAACAUAUUUAACAGUAAAAACAGUAUAGCUAGUUUACGUUACCGUUUAUAUAAGAUAGGCAAUAGCUAGCUAGCUAAUUGUUAGGCUGGCUAGGUUCUGUCUAUUUUGCUAGUUAACUACCUUGCUAGCUAGUUUUCAAUAGUUGGCUUACUCCCCAUCCUAUUUAUCCCAAGCCUAAGGUCAACCAUCCACCAACGUUAAGUCUGAAAGCGUAGCUAUCUAGUUAGUUAAGGAGAAUAUCAACCAUGUAUGAACUUGUCGAGAUGGUGAGCUAUCUUUUCCGGUCAGGCAGGCAGACAUCUUGGGGCAAUAAAAGCGCAAUUAAACCGCUUAGUGACUUCAUGCAUACCAUGUCAGCGAACUCCACCAAUAUUUCCUUUUCGUGGGGUGGAAGAUAACUUUCUAAUCCAGCUAUAUGUGUGUCCAGCAAAUAAGUAAAGCCAUGUUGUGCUGGAAUGGGAAACUCGCUUUCUGUCCUAUGUACUAUAACAGGAAGUCACACACAGCUAGAAUUCCAGGCAUGUCUUUCAUUCCAUAGUAUUCAUACGCCUCAUCUUAUUAUAAACUACAGAAAAUGAAUAAUACAGUAUUUGGCCCCCACUUGACAUAAUCAGGAAAUUGUCUAUUCCACAGUCCAAUACCAGCAACCCUCCAUAUGAACCUAAAACCACUCCCAUAUUCAUAGCUAGCUACUGCUGGAGUUCUCCAACAUUGACUGUAGCUUUAAUAGCUACCAUUAUCACAUCUAACCUACCCAGCAUUAAUCGUACUUAAGAAGGGUGGCGUCAAAUGUGUGUGUGUAUGUACAUCACCAUUGUGACAGACUUAUUCACCACUGUGGUGGAGUAAUAUAGGAUACUCUGCUGGAAACAUACUUGAUAUAUAUGGGUCAUUCAGAAUCCUCUUUAUUUGCCAAGGACAUUUGCAUGUACCAGGAAUUUGACCUGAUGAAAUGUCAUAUCUCGCUCUUAAUCAGGUGGGGUUCGUUUUCACCAUGGCCAGUUUGGACUAAGGAACAGCAACGAUGAUCGGAGGACUGUUCAUUUACAACCACAAAGGGGAGGUGCUUAUCUCCCGAGUCUAUCGCGAUGAUAUAGGGUAAGUGAGGUGGUAAUUGGUUUGGAGAGUUAUGGAUGGAGGUUCUAUUACAAUGAUAUUGUAAGGGGAGAGGGAGAUGGUAAGUGGUGUCUACCUGGUUGGCCUGAAGUAAGUUGGGGAGAUGGGGGCGAAUCUGUUAGGAGUUCAAUGUAACUACAUAGGUAUUGAACUUACUCCUUAGGUCAUUUACUCAUUAGGUCAUUAGCACAGUGCACCCACCAAACAAAAUAACUGAGCUAUCAUCUUGGGGAUAAUGGCUGUUGUAUCAGGUCUAAGACAAUGCAAGAUAUCUGCAGUAGCCAAUGCAUUAACUCUUGACUCAUCACAUACGCUGCUGUUACUGUUUAUUACCUAUCCUGUUGCCUAGUCACUUUAUCCCUACCUAUAUGUACAUACUGUAUCUACUUCAAUUACCUCGUACCCCUGCACAUCGACUCAGUACUGGUACCCCUGCACAUCGACUUGGUAUGGGUACCCUGUGUAUAUAGCCAGGUUAUCGUUACUCAUUGUGUAUUUAUUCUUCGUGUUAUUAUUUUUAAAUUAUUUCCCUUUUUUUCCCCCUUUCUCUCCGUUGUUGGGAAGGGCCCGUAAGUAAGCGUUUCACUGUUAGUUUGGGAAGCAUGUGACAACUACAUUUUUAUUUGAAGAUUUGAUUUGAUUUUCUCACCCAUCUAUCUAACCCCACCACUACAUCUAGGAUUGAUGAUCUUGCUUGGCACCGCAAAAUAAUGCCUAGAUUUUCCAGACACAAGAUUUGUUGACACAUUCAAGUUGCCUUCGAUUAGACUCCACUCUCUUAAGUCUUAAAUUCAACCACAAUUGGUGGAAAAAGUAGUUAAUUUAACUCAUUUAGACUGCAUUUGGUUGUUUACUACAGUGGUCCUCUUCAAUGGAUAGCCUUUUAAACACCAUGUUACUCAAUCUGUGUACAUGCAUGAAAAAUGUCUUUGUGUACAUUUCUGUCUCUUUCCUCCUUCAUAUCAUCCCUCUACCUCUAUCUUUUUGCCAUUUUCCUCCAUCUGUACAUCUUGGCCACUGUAGGAAUAGGUAAGCGAUGCACCAGCCUAUCAAGCAUGUCCCCUGACCCAUGGCAACCAAUCAGUGACUCCCAAUGCAUGUCCUCUGACCCACAGCAACUACCCGAUGACCCUUUCAGCAUGUCACCUGACAUAUCAGUGACCAAAGAACACAAACUCAAUUACUGCAACCAACCAAUGCCUCUGAGGUGCAUCUACUGUCCUCCCCUUACCCACAAGUAUCUCUUCCCUCCUUAAUGGACAUUGCCUUCUAAAAAACAUAAGGUCAGACCCUGUUAAAUGAUCAUCUAUGGUUCCAGUGCCCCUUCCAUCACUACCUCCAUCUCUCUUUGUCCACUCUCAUGGGGAGAGGCUAACUAGUGCCGAGUCUGACUCUGCAGAGUCCCUCAUCUGAAAUCGGUUCCAGAGAUUAAUAUUUCUGGGAACUGGUUCCCAGAAUAUGUCCUGGUUUCAAAUGAAUAAAGGUAUGAUUAACUACUAGGCAGUAGCUUUAUGGUCACUGUCAGUUUCACUGUCAAGCUCAGAGAAGUUGUAGACUCUGCACCUGGGAAUCUAUUCCUGAAUCUUGAACAUCACUGAUUGGGACUCAGGAGUCUUGUCUGGACAUGCUGCCUCAUCUGUAGUAAACCCUUCAGUUAUUUAUACAUCCACACCAGAUCUCUAAAGCACUCUAACCUCCCCACUAAUCUUCACCCUCUAAACAAAAGAUUGCUUUACCAGUGCUGAAAUGGUCACGUCAGUUUGGGACGAUUCAGUCAUCUUGCAGCUCUCAGACAAGUUAAUGUGUGCUGUCCUCUGCAAAGCAUACUAUUAGGAUGUUCGGAAGGUUACUAGUUGUUUUUUUUGGGGGGGGCAAAUAGUAUUUUCUGUUCUACCAGGAACUUGAAUAUCAAGUAGAAGGUCUGGAAAGAGAAUAUGGUAGAUAGUGUAGUUGACAAGUGUUUGACAGUUGACUAUCCCUCUGAAAGCCUCAGGGAGACUGAUGUUUGUAUACUAUUAACCAAGAGCGUAUUCUGAGUUAGCUUUUGUUGUGAUCAAUUGCAGAUGGAGGUACAUCCUCUUCCACAUUUACUCAUAACAUGAAAGUAGUCCUUCUCUUCCUCGCCCUACCUCCUUUCCUCAGGCGCAACGCGGUGGACGCAUUCCGUGUGAAUGUGAUCCAUGCCCGGCAGCAGGUGCGCUCUCCAGUGUCCAACAUUGCACGUACCAGCUUCUUCCAUGUCAAGCGUUCCAACAUCUGGCUGGCGGUGGUCACCAAGCAGAAUGUCAACGCCGCCAUGGUGUUUGAGUUCCUCUACAAGAUGUGUGAUGUCAUGGCUUCCUACUUUGGCAAGAUCAGCGAAGAGAACAUCAAGAACAACUUUGUGCUGAUCUACGAGCUGCUCGACGGUAACUAUGGCUGACCGAAUUUCUCACUCUCAUGCCAUUUGGAUCUUCUUUCUAUUUUCCCUGUUUGGUUCCUCUCUUACCCUCUUCAUCAUUUGGUGUCUUUGUUUUGUGCAGAGAUCCUGGACUUUGGGUAUCCCCAGAACUCUGAGACAGGAGCACUGAAGACCUUCAUCACUCAGCAGGGCAUCAAGGGCCAGGUGAGGAUGAGGAGUAUCUCCUUGUCACUGCUGUAACGCUCUGCAAUGGGCUCUUUAGCAGAACUGUGGGCCAUCUGUUUUGUGACUGUUCCUCCUCUCUUUUUAUUUCUCUGGGGUUGUGGACACGGCCGGAUGCAGCAUCAGGUAAUGUUCAUUUCAGUUAUAUUUGGGACAUUGGGCCUGGUUGCAACCAUACCCUGUUUUUUCCACUUGAUAUCCUGUUGAUCUUUCUCUCUCUCUCCUUUUCCAGACAAAGGAAGAGCAGUCUCAGAUCACUAGUCAGGUGACGGGGCAGAUUGGUUGGCGUCGCGAAGGCAUCAAGUAUCGACGCAAUGAGCUCUUCUUGGAUGUGCUGGAGAGUGUCAACCUGCUCAUGUCGCCUCAAGGUGAACGUUGGUCAUAACACUUGAACGUAAACGGCCUAAAGUAUCUAGAGGCGUUGUAGUAGUAACGUUGUUCCCUAGUGAUUGACCCUUUCAAUUUGACCCCAUCCAGGUCAGGUCCUGAGCGCCCAUGUGUCCGGCCGUGUGGUAAUGAAGAGCUACCUGAGCGGAAUGCCAGAGUGCAAAUUUGGCAUGAAUGACAAAAUUGUCAUUGAUAAGGCGGGUAAAGGCGGGGUCACUGAUGAGGCGGGAAAGAGGUGAGUAAGAGGGGCUGUUUGGACAGAGCCAGGGUUGGGGUAGAGUCCACUUAGUUUCAGGAAGUAUACUGAAAUGCACAUUUCAUGAGGAGAAUUAGAAUUUUGUUUCUGAAUUGAAAAGCUAUUGACUCCAACCCUGGACAGAGCUUGACAUUAAAGGGAGGGAGCUAAAUAUAAGAUACUUGUGCUGCAGAAUCAGAUAAAGAAUGUAUGUCUUGUAUUGAUUUUCAACUUAGACAUUUCAGACUGAUAGGCAAUAGUGUUGAUUCGGACUUAACCCUCUGUGUAGAAUUAUUAUUUUAAAAAAUCCAGAAAGUUUACCGCCCUGUCAGUCAGUCCCUGGACUAUGACUUCUAUAUAGAGCUUGGGUUAAGGCUUACAAUUUGUUUUCCUUUUGAUUUUUCUCUCCUUUCUUUCCUUCUCUUUUUCUGUGCUGUACCUCAGUGAUUUAGGGGGAGGAGGAAGGUACUGUAUUGAUAUCUGGCCUUACCUCCAUAUGUCCCGCUGUCUUGUCUAUCGUGUCAUUUAUGGUGACUGCUUUACUAAGCAUUUGAGGUGGCUCCAAUAUUUACUGUAAUUACUGUAUUAAUUUGUGCUUCAGCAGUCAACUAGUGUGACUGCUAAUUGAUACAAAUCUGACUAGCCUCCUCAAAUAUUUAGUGGACUGCCCAACGGUUGUGUCAUCACUGAGAGUGUUGUUAGUUUACCCGCUUGACCCUUAACCCUGACCCAGUCUUUGACAGUGAUGGAGAUGGUUAGCAUCCACUGGGUUGCUGUGUUGUGGUAGCCAUGGUUUCCCUUUUUGUGUAAAUACCUGUAUGUAUUGUGUGUUUCUGUGUUGUAUUAGGAAGUGGGGCACGUAGAGCAGUGCGUUUUAAAUGACUGUGGUUUGGUUUGUGUGUUCGUUUGAAUGUGUCAGUAUGUAUGGGUGCGUAGACGUUCAACUCUCUUCUCCCUCUGCCCCUGUAGUACCAGUGGUAAGCAGUCCAUAGCCAUUGACGACUGUACGUUCAACCAGUGUGUGCGUCUCAGUAAGUUUGACUCGGAGCGCAGCAUCAGCUUCAUCCCCCCGGAUGGAGAGUAUGAGCUCAUGAGGUAAGUGUGUCACAGGCUAAACUUCAACCUAUAUCGACCCUGUGCAUGUGCUCGCAUGUUUGUAUUUGUAAGUCCUCUCGCUUUGUCUGUGUGCAUUAAUGUGUCCAAUGAUUUGAGCCAUUCCCCCCUGUUGCACCCUGCAUGUGUCUGUUUGAGAUGAGUUUGGUGUGGUUUUACCCCUGCGUCCAGGUACCGCACCACUAAAGACAUCAUCCUACCUUUUCGAGUCAUUCCGCUGGUCCGGGAGGUGGGCCGCACCAAGCUGGAGGUCAAAGUGGUCAUCAAGUCCAACUUCAAACCCUCGCUACUGGCCCAGAAAAUUGAGGUAGUUAUUCAGCCUCUUCCUUUUAGAUUGUGGCGUUCUGUCACUUUGUUUGUGAAACUGGUCUUUCAUCUGACCUUGAGGUAAAUCUCUUACUCUUUUGAAGUUGGUAUGUUUUCUCAUAACCCUUUGUUUAUGCUUGGUCUGUUAAUUGCAAUGGUUGUUAUUCUUACAAGUUCACAUUUAGUCUGCUGAAUGAGACUUUGUUUAUCAUGUUAUGACUUAACUUGUUUUCCGUUGCACCAGGUGCGCAUUCCCACGCCGCUCAACACCAGCGGUGUCCAGGUGAUCUGCAUGAAGGGCAAGGCCAAGUACAAGGCCAGCGAGAACGCAAUCGUAUGGAAGUGAGUUAUUUCAACCCUCCGGUUCUCCAUCAUGGUACCCCAGAUCACCCUCAUGUUUUGUAUCCCUGUCUUUCAUUUUGAACGGCUCUUUCAGAUGUUGAAUGUUUGUUUCCUGCAUGUAGGAUCAAGCGCAUGGCUGGGAUGAAGGAGUCUCAGAUCAGUGCUGAAAUCGAGCUGCUGCCCACCAACGAUAAGAAGAAGUGGGCGCGCCCUCCCAUCUCCAUGAACUUUGAGGUAAGGCUGCAGUCACACAAUGAUCAUUUGAGCAUUUUAGCUUACAGUAUUACAAUUAAAACUCCUAACCUGGAUAUCUUUGUGCCCCUCAGGUUCCAUUUGCCCCCUCUGGGCUGAAGGUGCGUUACUUGAAGGUGUUUGAGUCCAAGCUGAAUUACAGUGACCAUGAUGUUAUCAAAUGGGUGCGCUACAUUGGCCGAAGUGGCAUCUACGAGACUCGCUGCUAAUGUUAGAGUGAGCCUGAGGAGAGGUAUACCAAGCAGUCUCCCUCUACAUAUGUUCUUCUGUCCCUCUCUCUUCUCUCCAUCCCAAUCUCUCCCCUUAUCCUUUACUCAAUGUUGGGGAUGAAUAAAAAUAAAUGGUAUAACACACAGAUGUGAAACGUUGUAUCGCAUCUCUUAGUAUGAUUAACUUGUAAACAAACUGGUCCUGUGUAGAAAGAAUAUAAACGUUUGAGGUCAUACGCAUAUCCUUAACUUAGGUGCUGGGCUCAAAGAAU